UAAGCAUGUCUCUGCUAAGAAUAAGGAAACCUAAAACCCGCAAGGGUAAAAAGGUAUUAAUGGCCCGUGAGCCACAAUUGAUUGAAGGUCCCCGUAAUAUGCUGUUCUUGGAUGGUCGAAAAUGUGGCGGUGAUGUCAAGUCGUGUAUGAAAGAUAUACAACAACUGAAGAAACCUUUGGUAAAGGUACUGAACCGAAACAAUGAUAUUACACCUUUUGAGGAUCCAACUUCCUUGGAAUUUUUGACCCAGAAAAAUGACUGUGCCAUGUUUGCAUUCGGUUCCACAUCCAAAAAACGUCCAAACAAUUUAGUAUUGGGUCGCAUUUAUGAAAAUGAAAUCCUCGAUAUGGUCGAAUUGGGCAUUAAACGUUAUCAGGCAAUGUCCGAAUUUAAAACAGAAAAAAUCGGCACCUGUGUUAAACCCUGCUUGGUAUUUAAUGGUCCCAAAUGGUCACAAUCCGAAGAGCUAAGACGUCUAAAGAAUCUUCUAAUUGAUGCCUUCCAAAAGGAUAAAGUUGAAGCCAUUCGUUUGCAAGGCAUUGAACAUGUUAUGAGUUUUACAUGCACCGAGGAUUUAAAUAUUCUCCUGCGUUCCUAUAAAAUCUUACUGAAAAAAUCUGGACAAAGAACACCACGCAUUGAAUUGGUUGAAAUUGGACCCUCAGCUGAUUUCUCCAUUAGACGCACCAAAAUUGCCUCCGAAGAUCUAUAUAAACAGGCGCGCAAACAACCCAAACAACUUAAGGUUACCAAGAAGAAGAACAUUACUCGUGAUGAAUUGGGCAAUACCCAUGGUCGUAUACAUUUGGGUAAACAAGAAUUGGGCAAGAUCCAAACACGUCGUGUUAAGGGUCUUAAGAAAUCACCCGAAGAGAAAAAGGCUGACCGUCAAAAGAAGAAGGAACUGAUGAAGGCUGCUGCCCAAGAAUUACUAACAAAUAAUGAAUAGAUUGAUAUAAGCUAU